UGAGGGGGUUUCAGGUUGCAGUGUUGGAAGAUGAAUUGGAGACCUUAGAGGAAUAAAGGAGAGGCUUGGGAGAAAUCUGGAAUGCCCUGAGAUUUGAGGCUGAACUUGGAGAGCAAGUAAGGCAGGGAUCCAGGGUAUCCUGGUGAGCUAAACAUCCACAGGAAGAGGGCUUCUUGGUUCUGACCCUGCAGUGAUAGGAAGGAGGGGGGAGAAGGCCCCCAGAGAAAAGCCCCAGCAGCCAGCCCUCAGGCAGCCCCGCCAGGGACCCACAGAUGAGGCACAGAUGGCAGCCGCGGCUGCCCUGGCCCGGCUGGAACAGAAGCAGCCCAGGGCCCGGGGACCCACAUCGCAGGACUCUAUCCGGAAUCAGGUGAGAAAGGAGCUGCGAGCUGAGGCGACCGUCAGCGGUGGUCCUGAGUCCACGGGGACCAAGGAGGUACCUGAGCCCAAGGAGGAAGGCUCGACACACCUGGCAGUGCCUGGCGUGUACUUCAUCUGCCCACUCACAGGGGUCACCCUGAGGAGGGACCAGCGGGACGCCCACAUCAAAGAAGCUAUUCUGUCGCACUUCUCCACGGACCCUGUGGCUGCCUCCAUCAUGAAGAUCCACACGUUCAACAGAGACCGGGACAGGGUGAAGUUGGGCGUGGACACCAUCGCCAAGUACCUGGACAAUAUCCACCUGCACCCUGAGGAAGAGAAGUACCGGAAGAUCAAGCUGCAGAACAAGGUGUUCCAGGAGCGCAUUAACUGCCUGGAAGGGACCCACGAGUUUUUUGAGGCCAUUGGGUUCCAGAGGAUGCAGCUGCCUGUCGCGGAUCAGGAGGACCUGGAGGAGUUCUACGUGCUGAGUGAGGCCGCGCUGGCGCAGCCCCAGAGCCUGGAGCGGCACAAGGAGCAGCUGCUGAGUGCAGAGCCCGUGCGGGCCAAGCUGGACCGGCAGCGCCGCGUCUUCCGGCCCUCGCCCCUGGCCUCCCGGUUUGAGCUGCCUGGAGACUUCUUCAACCUCACAGCAGAGGAGAUCAAGCGGGAGCAGAAGCUCAGGGCCGACGCGGUGGAGCGGCUGAGCGUGCUGCGGACCAAGGCCAUGCGGGAGAGGGAGGAGCAGCGGGAGCAGCGCAAGCACACCUACACGCUGCUGCGUGUGCGCCUCCCCGACGGCUGCCUCCUGCAGGGGACCUUCUAUGCCCGGGAGCGGCUGUCUGCACUCUACGAGUUUGUCCGGGAGGCCCUGCAGAGCGACUGGCUGCCUUUUGAGCUGCUGGCCUCAGGAGGGCAGAAGCUGCUGGAGGAAGAGAACCUGGCCUUGAACGAGUGUGGGCUGGUGCCCUCGGCCCUCCUGACCUUCUCGUGGGAUGCAGCUGUGCUAGAGGACAUCAGGGCUGCAGGGGCUGAGCCCAGCUCAUCCAUCCUGAAACCUGAGCUCCUGGCGGCCAUGGAGAAGCUCUCCUGAAAUAAAGGCAGGGUUGGCCUCAGCCCAUGGGUCUGUCUCAUGCGCUCCUGUCCCCAUCCCACUCCAGGGCUACCCAGCCACUUCUGGAAACACUGACCAGGCCCCAGAGCCCCGCAUGGCUGGCCGGAGCACCUGUCCCUGCCUCGGGGGCAGUGCCUCUAGCCACUGUUUUGCAGAGCCCUGGGGCAGGCAGACAUAUGCCUCCCUGGGCAUAGUGUGGGCACAGGCCCCAUGUGCUGUGCACGGGGGUGGCCCCAUCUGGCACUAAACUGGUGACAAGUGCAGGAGACACUAGCCUAAUAGCACAGUUGACAUGUAAUUUCUAAAUUAUGGACCCAAAUAAAUAGAAUAUUUGACUAUA